AUGCAGUCGGACGAUCUCUUCGUUCGCAAGAUGCGACGCCACUCAAACCGUCCACCACUCACCUCCUUCUCGUUCGACAACUUCCGGGCCCCUAAGCCCCAGGCGUGCGAGGGCCCGCUCGUGGGCCACUGUGGCCCGCCGCUGAGGUCACCGCAGCGCAGCGGCCUAAUGCAUCGCAGCAACAGCGACGUGACCCUGAGCGAAGGGGAGCUGACGACUGCUGCAGGGGCUCCCGGCUCCCCGUUGCCGCUGUCCGUGGCAUCCGUAACGGGGUUCCAGCAAAACAGCAGCAGCAGCCCCAGCAUGCCCUCGAAGAGCAUGGCGCCCCCUCGAGCCCGGGCACACAGCCACGAAGAGUCACGGGUGGGCAGCCCCACCGCCCGGCGUUUCCGCGAUCCCCUGCUCCUGCUGGGACUGGCAGCCUCGGAUGUCUGGGAAUCGGAUGGGAGCGGCGCCCCGUCAACGGAGACCAGUGUAUCGCUUCCCGCACCGGAGGCAGCCACGCCGGUGUGGGGCCGCCACUUGGCUCACUAUGACGUCCAGAGUAUCCUCUUUGAGCCGGGCGAGGGGGUCCGGGAAGCCGCCAGGCAGGGCAACGUCACCACGGGUGCCUCGGCAGCUUCGCAGUGCCGUACAGCGGACGUGACGCCGAUUCUUGAGGACGGGGCAGAAGAGGAGGAAGGAGGCAUGCUGGUGCUCAGCUGUUCCGCCUUUCGGGUAGAAGCCGGAGGGGAGGUUGAACAAGGACUAGGCCAACACCGGGGGCUGCCCGUGGGCUUCCACUGUCCAAACAUGGCCGUUUCAGUGCUGGAGGAACCCCGUGAAAGUUACGGACAGAGGAGCAGCCGAGUGAUGCACGCCAUCGAGUAUGCCGAUCUCGGAGCCUGUUACUACCGGAAGCAUUUUUACGGCAAAGAACAUCAAAAUUUCUUCGGGGUGGACGAUCAGCUGGGCGCUGUCGCCAUCUCUCUCCGUCGCGAAGAGAAGGAAGGAAGCGCCGGCCCGCAGUACAACUACCGUCUGAUCAUUCGCACGAGCCAGGUGGGCAUCGCUCUCGUGCACCAAGGGAGGGCGAAGGUGUGA